AUGAACGAUACAUCUAACAGUAACGUUAAUAACAGUUUUACAAUUUCCCAUAUUUCCGAUGAUCUUAAUCUUCAGCAGCAGCAGCAAUAUUAUCAGCAACAUAUAUCCAAUAUCUCAAGCACUAUUCCUCCUAAUUAUACUAGUCAUCCUCAACAUUAUCAGCAAACCUCAUCCAACAUUUCUUCAAGCACUAUUCAUCCUAAUCAUAAUGAUCGGAAUCAUCGGAUUCAUCUGCAAUAUGAAGCUUUAAAUAAUAAUCAACAAUCCACACCCAACAAUAAUAAUACUAUUCCUCCUGAUAAUAGUCAAGAGCAAUAUGAUGCGAAUAAUAUUCCUCAUCAUAGUUAUCGGCAAUCAUCCACGUUCGAAAACGUAUCUCCUCCAAGAUGUUACUCAAAAACUAUUAAUCAAAAUAAUCCUCGACAAUGUAUUAUCUUUCAAAAUGAUACAAUACAUCACCAGACAAAUGCUUUUUAUGAUAACGCAACAAAUAAUUCAGUAUUUAUGCAAUUUUGUUUUGAUUCUUCUUUGACAAGUAACCCACAACCCCGAUCUCAACAAUAAAUUCUUGAAUUAAUCGUGCUCGACAUGUAUAUAUAUCCCAAUCGGGAUUUAUCUACUUUUACUAUUAU